AUGAGGGCAUUUUCUGUUGGCCUCCUCCUCGUCGGGGGCCUGGUCGCGUCCUCUUUCGCCGAUGUGUCACCACCAUCGUGUGCGACGAACUGCUUGGAAACAUACCUCCCACAGUCAGGAUGCAAUGCGACCGACGCUGCUUGCAUAUGCUCGGACGUCACUUUGACGGGACAAGUACAAAACUGCACACUGGCAGCAUGUACGACGCUUGAAGCUCUGACGGCCUUAAACGCAACAAAAACCUUCUGCGGCGAGCCUGUUCGGGACCUGACAGUCAUCACCCCGGUCGUCACCGCCAUCUCAGGGACCUUCGCCAUUGUAGCCGCCAUCAUGAGGCUUGUUGACAGCCUCGCCCGGGAUACCUUCCUCAACUGGUCCAACUUCUGCAUUGUUAUGUCACUUCUCACCUGGCUCUCAGAAAUUCUGUACAUGGUAGCACUUGGCCUGACCAAGAUAGCCAUGCUGCUGUUGUAUCUCAAAGUAUUCCCGGGCCAGACUUUCCAACGGAUUUGUUUCGUCAUGGUAGCCAUUUGCCUGGCCUACAUACCGGCAGCGGCCUUGGCCACUGCCUUCAACUGCACUCCUGUCAGCUACAACUGGACGGGGUGGACGGGGCAAACAGAGGGCCACUGCUUCAGCUUCAACACCUUUGCAUGGGCGCAGUCCAGCAUCAACAUCGUGCUCGAUCUCACCAUCAUCCUGCUCCCGAUACCACAGCUGUGGAGGCUCAACAUGGGGAGGAAGAAAAGGAUUCAGCUGGUGCUGAUGUUCAGCGUCGGGCUCUUCAUAACCAUCGUCAGCAUUGUACGGCUGACGGCCCUGGUCAAUUUCGCGACGACCACCAAUGCCACCUAUGACAACGUACCAACAGCCUACUGGAGCGUCCUCGAGAUCUUCGUGAGCAUCAUAUGCUGCUGCCUGCCCGCGGUCCGCUCGCUCCUCAAGAGGGCGUUCCCCAGCUGCUUCGGCAGCUCUGGAGGCAGCAAGAACACACCGGCGCCGUACAUGACCCCAAAGUCCCCACGCUACAAGCUCAGUGGUGGGAUCCAAAAGAGUAUUACGAAUACCAUUACAUUUGGGCCGAGCUCUGCCGACGGAAGAUCAGAUAUUGAGCUGGUGGACGAGAGGUGGCGCGACCGCGACUGA